GUUCGCCUGGCUGGUGCAUUAUUGUCCGUAAUCAGCGCAUCCGUCAUGUCUGGUAGAUCUCACUACGCAUCCUACAAAGGCGGUCCGGUUAACCGUGGCGACCCGGAUGACAAAUAUAUGUCUGAACUGGAACGUACCAGUUUGUUCCCACGGUUUGUUCAAGAAAGGCUACUAACCGACCUAUGCAAAUCUGAAUGGCGUACUUGGCAGAAGUGUCUACGAGAACAUCAGAAAAGUUGGUUUGCCGCCAGCAAAUGCAAAGGCAUAUUCGACCUGGUCAACCAGUGUCAGAAUAAGUUCGUACUGGAUCCUGAUGAAGUGCAGAAAUUGGAGCAAGAGUAUUUGGAGAUCCGCUCGGAAUAUCGACGCACCGGUGUUGGACGACCCAUAAUGAAUUCACAACGAAUUCGUGAAUUCAUGCGUGGAGAACCAACUUAAGGAGGCAGUUUUGCCUGCCUUCCCCCCCCCCCUUCCUUGUCUAGACUAAGGCCUUAGGCUGUGAAAACGGAAAUACCCAGAUGUCCUGAAGAAAUACAUUUGUGAAUACAACGCACUUAUCAACCUGAUCAUCGGAGGUAACUAUUGAGUAUACGUGGACGAGGAAACCAGGAAAAGUGGGACCUUGUAACUUGACAAUGGGGAGGUGAGGCACAUUCUCAUGUUCUUUUAACGUUAGGAGUGAGUACGAUGGAGAAAAAGUAACUACAAAUAUAAGCAGCAAUAAUGGUCAAUCACAGCAUUACACGUGUCUUUAGAGCUAGGUUGGUGCCCGGACGAGCAGCUAAUCAACGGCCGGUGUUGCCGAUAAAUACGGCGCAACUUUGAAACACUAGGAAAAUUGUAAAGGUCUGAUAGCAGACAGAUCAUCGCGGGAACGUUUUGCUUCGUUGCAAGCAGAGAGGGAAUAAUCACUUGUUGAAAACGAUGGGUGUGGUAAGAUGAGUAAGGGACAUGGAACACAGGUAAGGAAAUGAUAAACACUGUGUUCGGUCAAGAGUACCCAUAAAAGCACGUCUUUCGUACUGACCGCCUAGGUUUGGAAGUGAUGUGUCUACAAGCCGGGGCUGAUCUGAAAUGGUCGCGGAAAUGCGUCUUCCAUGGAAUGCAACAGUUUCGGGUGAACAGCGUCUGUCCAUCGGCGUUUUCUUGCAUGAUUCGCUGUAGCUGGAGGGACGGCGGCAGGUACUGUUGCUGCAGGCAAAGUAGCCUGUUGGGGAGCUAUGGCUGGUGCCCGCUCUUCAGAUUUCCUGGGGAGAGAUAGAGCAGGUGGUUUGAGUUAGUACGCGGACUAGUCAUUCCGAAGAGAGGCAGUACAUUACUCGCGGUUAACUGACGGACAUUUCACUUUCUAGCAACGCUGCCAAUAGGCGACCUGGCUAGAACGAGCUUCUAAGAAAUAAUGGUGCAAAUCCGAAGAGACUGAACAAGAGGUGUCCUCUGGAUACCUUGACGGAUGUAGAAGGGGCGGUAUUUUCUAACCUUUAAGCAGGGAUCUAAUUCACUGUCAAUAUCAAACUUCGAGUUGCAAUGGUGAAUACUUGACUUAUUGAUGCACAUUCGUAACUUAAUAUUCCCCCUCAAAAUGUCAUCCCUUCUACGCAAUUGAAAAGGACAACGCCAGUCAAUCAGAUCGCUGAUCAUCAGCCCAGAGUAGAAUGAUUCAGCAUUCAACUACUAGCCGGGGGGCUUCGAAUUUGAAUCUCUCUGGAGAUUCGCCUAAUGCAUAUUGCUGAUGGUUCUCAUUACAGUCCGCCUCUGGCUUUCGGCAUACACUGACUUCACUUAUCGGAAAAAGAAACACCCAAGAUUACUUGUUGCUGCUUUCAAACUUGCCGGUACUAUGGAUAAGUGAUAAGUAAGCGCAUGUUAAGAGUCAAGUGACACUAUAUCAUUUCAGCUGAUAGGAAUAGGCUCAGAUUCCACAGAGAUGAUUCGUUGGAAAGCUGGGACAGUGAUUAAAGUGACAGUCAGGCGUCUUUCUGAUAAAGGGUCACCUUCAUGAAGCAUCGUUAACCGGAGACUGAGUAUGGAGACAGUAAACAAACACACCCCACACGUCGAUAUUACUCGGCAUCGGUGUUUAACACUGUUGGUUGACUCAGGGUCAGGAUCCG